CAAGAAGGAUAAACACAACAGGCAUUGCCUGCCACUAAGCCAUGUUCAGCAAGCUGAAGAAGAUCAUCGGGGGUCCAACUGUUGGUCCCACCACAGCCCCUGCGCCGGCUCCUGCAAAGGAAGAAAAACCUGCAGACAAGGAAAAUGAAGACAAGAAAGAUGAUGAAGGCCCUGCCCCAGCCCCAGAACCGACUCCAGCACCAGCUCCAGAACCAGCAGCACCGGCCUCAAAACCAGAACCGGCCCCCAAACCAGAGGAGAAACCUGCAAACCCGGCCAACGGCCAGCCACCUGCUGAAGGAGAGGAGGCCCCUUGCCCGGAGUCCCGGCCCAUUGUGAUAAGCAAGCAUUUUGAUGCUCAACUCAUUGAGAUUGUUCAGCAUUACCGGCAACGGACAGACCAGUUUAAAGAAAAGAUCAUUGACCCCUAUGCAUCCUCUCCAGAGCGCAGUCCUCCUGUCACACCUGUCCUGAGAAAGGAUGACUACGUGAAGUUGGUGGAGGAGAGGAAACGAAAAGAAGAAGAGGACAAGAAAAGGAAAGAGGAGGCAGAGAAGAAAAAAAAAGAGGAGGCAGAGAGAAAAAAGAAAGAGGAAGAAAAGAAGAAGAAAGAGGAGGAGGAAAAGAAAAAAGCAGACAAGCCUGGGGAAAAGAAAGAGGAAAAGAAGGAGGAGAAGAAAGAUGACAAGGCAGACAAAGAGCAGAAGUCCAUCUGCCCAAAAAUGAAGUGCACCUGUGUAGAUUUCCUGCUGAAGCCCUUCGAGGACAGAAUGGACAAAAGACUGGGCACCUCCAUCGAUCCUUUCACAGACCGCAGGUAUAUUGCUUGGCUAAGCUUGGUAACCAUUGCCUUCAACUAUAACCUGUGGUUCAUACCGGUCCGUAUGGCCUUCCCAUAUCAUGACCCAGCGGCCGUCCCAUUGUGGUUUACCUUGGACAUCAUUGCUGACAUCAUUUAUGUCAUCGACAUGAUCGUUUUCCAGCCACGACUGCAGUUCUGUAAAGGGGGAGACAUCAUUUAUGACAGAGUUGUGAUUAAAAAGAAAUAUCGCGAAUCGUCAAGGUUUCAGAAUGAUGUAAUAUCCGUCCUGCCUUCAGACCUGUUAUAUUUCCCGUUUGGAUUCAAGUCUGUCUUCAGGCUCAAUCGUUUGAUGAAGUCUGAAGCAUUUUUUGAGUUUAGUGACCGUCUUGAAGGUAUCAUGACCAAAGCGUACAUCUGGAGAGUAAUUCGCACUAUUGGAUACCUGAUGUUUAUUCUCCAUCUCAACGCGUGUCUUUACUACGUGGCCUCUGACUACCAGGGGAUCGGCAAAACCAAAUGGGUGUACAGCGGAGAAGGCAGCGCGUACUUGCGCAGUUACUAUUUUGCCGUGCGGACUCUGAUCAACAUCGGUGGUCUGCCUGAGCCUCACACAGUCUUUGAAAUCACCUUUCAGUUAGCAAACUUUUUUGUUGGUGUCUUUGUCUUCUCAAGUUUGAUUGGACAGAUGAGAGAUGUCAUUGGAGCAGCUACGGCCGGUCAGACGUACUUCCGUGCAUCUAUGGAUGGUUGUGUGGCGUACAUGGUGACAAACCGCAUCCCAAAGCUGGUUCAAACCAGAGUGCGCACCUGGUACAACUACACCUGGGACUCCCAGGGCAUGCUGGAUGAGUCUGAGCUUCUGGAACAGAUGCCUCUGGUGAUGAGAACAGCCAUCGCUGUGGACAUCAACCUUGCUACUUUCCAAAAGAUCGACCUCUUUAAGGGUUGUGACAACCAGAUGCUUGUGGAUAUGUUAUUGAGGCUAAAAUCCAUUGUGUAUUUGCCUGGAGACUUUGUGUGCAAGAAGGGUGACAUUGGGAAAGAAAUGUACAUCAUUAAGGCUGGAGAGGUGCAGGUCAUCGGUGGACCGGACAAUAAGAUUGUGUUUGUGACUCUGAAAGCAGGCUGUGUGUUCGGAGAGAUCAGUUUGCUACAGUCUUCAGCCAAUGGAGGAAAUAGAAGAACCGCUAAUGUAGCGGCACAUGGGUUCGCCAACCUCUUCGUACUGGAUAAGAAAGACCUCAAUGACAUCCUAAUUCACUACCCAGAGUCUCAGAAAGUGCUGGCCAGGAAGGGACGGAAACUGCUGAAAGCCAAGGGUCCAGCUCCUGCUGCUAAAGGCGAAGAGGAAAAAAAGAAAGGACUGGCUAUGUUCGGACAAAAACCUCCCACUCCCAAACUUUUGCGUGCCUUUGCAGGAGGAGCGUUCACCAAAAAAGGCUUUAUGGACAGACUUAAGACUGCUGCUUCCGAACAUUAAUAAUCUCAUGAAAUACAUUAAAUAUUUCUCUGUAAGGAUUUCAUUCCUUUUAGAAUAACCUAUGCAUUUUAAAUGUAUUUUUUUAUUAUUAAUAAACAAGCUUCUUUCCCUGCUAACUGCAGUACUUGCCAAUUAGUGAUUGGUAUUGCUGUUUGUAAUACAAGGAUUGUUUGAUUUAAAUUUGUUUCAGUUCUUUCCUAAACAGUAUGUUUUAGGUCUAUUUUGCACUUUUUUGAGACUUAAAUAAAAGACAUUUUGUAAUU